CUUCUGUCUUUCUUCUCUCCGUUUGUGUUUCUAAAAGAGAAAGGAAGGCAGAGACCUGUCGAAUGUAGGCGUUGCAGAAAUGUAUGUCUACAUGCAGUAGCAUACGAGCAGCGUGUGUGUGUGUGUGUGUGUGUGUGUGUGAUGUCGGGGGACACCAGCACCCUGUCCUGGAGGAGCAUGUCUCCCACCAGCCAAUCAGAGUCCUCAGAUUUUUCUCCCACGGCGAACAUGGUCAGGGACAACGUCUUCCCGGUGAAGAUCAUCAAGGUGUGUUUCCUUAGCAACAGCUCCAACCUCGGCAAGAACUUCAAACUGGUCCGCUGUGAGGAGGGCUGGACCGUCAGGGAUGUCAUCAACUUGGUCGUGUCCAGCGGCUGCGUGGGUCCUGAUAUAACGUACAGCCUGUGUUACGGCCUCCUCCUCAAACACCUCAAGUCGUCGGCGAUACACUGGCUCCACCCCGACCUGACGGUGUGUGAACUCACACAGCGAUACGAGCAGCAGCACCUGGAGGCCGAGUGGAGGUACGAUUUAAGAGUCAGAUACAUCCCGUCAGACUUCAUGGAGAAAUUCAAAGACGACAGAACGACCAUGCUUUACUUUUACCAGCAGGUACGAAGCGACUACAUGCAGCAGUACGCCUCCAAAGUCAGCGACGGGAUGGCUCUGCAGCUCGGCUGUUUGGAAAUAAGGAGGUUCUACAAAGACAUGAAUCCAAACGGCCUGGAGAAGAAGUCAAACUUUGAGCUGUUAGAGAAGGAUGUGGGUCUGGACCUGUUCUUCCCCAGAGAGCUGAUCAACAGCAUGAAGCCUAAGCAGUUACGCCGGCUGAUCCAGCAGACGUUUCAGGGUUACUCCACGCUGAACCAGGAGCAGUGCAUGUCCAGGUUCUUCACUACGCUCGCUCAGUGCAACAGCUACACACAGGAGAGCUUCGCCUGCCAGCUGGUGCACAGCUGGAGUCUAACUAUCGACCUGGUCAUCAGUCCUGAAGGCAUCAGUCAACAAACUGAAAACUCCACACCCGUCUGUCUGGCCUCGUUCUCUCAGGUUCAGAGCAUCUCGUGCUCUGCAGAGAGCGACGGCCGAGCUCUGCUGACUGUGCACAUAGACGGAGCCAAACAGCCUCUGUCUGUGAGCACGACCUCUCUGGCUAUGGCGGAAAACAUGGCCGACCUGAUCGACGGCUACUGUCGGCUGGAGCGCAACACUGAGAACUCACUGAUUAUACGACCCAGCAGAGGGAGGGACGCCAGACUGAAACUACCUGAGCUCCCAAACAGCAGAGGCCCCGGCGCUCCUGUUAAACCAACAUGUUCGGAUAUUUAUGCAGAGAUUCCCGAGGGCACAGCAGCAUCUGCAGAGAAGCACAGAAUCUGCAGAGAUGACGUCGUUCUGGGUCGGAUCCUGGGCGAGGGAUUUUUUGGAGAGGUUCACCAAGGAGUUUAUAAAAGCCCGACCGGAGAGAGGAUCAACGUGGCCAUCAAAACAUGUAAGGACUUCUCAGCGGAUGUGAAGGAGAAGUUUCUCAGUGAAGCCGGCUUGAUGAAAAAUCUGGACCAUCCUCACAUCGUGCGUCUGAUCGGGGUCAUCGAGGUGGAUCCGGUCUGGAUCGUCAUGGAGCUCUAUGAACACGGAGAGCUGGGGAACUAUCUGGUGGAGCAGCAGUACAUACUCACCACCUCGACUUUAAUCCUGUACUGUGUACAAAUCUGCAAAGCCUUGGCUUACCUGGAGGGACUGAACAUGGUGCACAGAGAUAUCGCCGUGCGAAACGUUUUGGUGGCUUCGCCUGAAUGCGUCAAACUCGGUGACUUCGGUCUGUCUCGCUACGUCGAUGAACAAGAGUAUUAUAAAGCCUCAGUCAGUCGAUUACCGAUCAAAUGGAUGGCUCCUGAGUCCAUCAACUUCAGACGAUUCACCACGGCCAGUGACGUCUGGAUGUUUGGUGUGUGUGUGUGGGAGAUCUUCUCUCUGGCGCAGCAGCCGUUCUUCUGGUUGGAGAACGGUCAGGUGAUCAACCAGCUCGAGUCGGGGGUUCGACUCCCCAAACCGCAGCACUGCCCGCCCGUCGUGUACUCGCUGCUCAGCCGCUGCUGGGCUUACGAACCCCCCGGGCGGCCCAGCUUCAGCCGGCUCGCCUGCUCCCUCAGUGAGAUACACAGGAUGGAGGUGGAGCAGGAGACGGAUGGGAAGAGAGAAAGAGCACGCUCCAUCCCACCGGGGUUUGAACCCAACCAAACAGAGCCUCCUCCAAAGCCAUCCAGAAUACAAGGAAACACACUCCCUCGGGCCACGCACACACAGGGAAAACAGCAGGAUAACAGGCUGGUGUGGGAGAGAGAGAGAGAAAUCGUGCAGGACACUUUACAGAGACAAAGACGAGAGAUGCUGAUGGACAACCAGUGGCUGGAAGAAGAGGAGAGGCAACUGGAUCCUGCCGUGCGAGUGGAUUCACACGUCAAGCCUCCAGAGAAAAGCCCAGAAAACGGUCCUCCAGAGAAACCUCCAGGGCCUCCUCCAGUAACACAGCAGCGGCCCACAGCUGAGCUGGACCGCUCAGGUGAUCACGUGUACACCGGCGUCAUGGCGAUGGUCAAACAGGUGGUGCAGCUGAAGAAUGACGUCAACACGCUGCCCGCCUCAGAGUAUCUGAACGCCGUCAAAGCGUUGGGCAUCACUCUGAAGAGCCUGAUUCAAAGUGUGGAUGAGAUCCUGCCGUCUCUGCACAGCUCCGUCACCACCGAGAUCGAGGGCACUAAGAAACUCCUGAACAAAGAUCUGGGCGAGCUGAUCAGUAAGAUGCGUCUGGCGCAGCAGAACUCCAUCACGUCUCUGAAGGAGGAGUGUCAGCGGCAGAUGCUGGCGGCCGCUCACACGCUCGCCCUCGACUCCAAAAACCUGCUGGACGCCGUGGACCAGGCUCGAGUCCGGGCCAACCUCGCCAAGCCCAGACCUGAGGAACAAGGAGGAGAGGAUUCUGGGUGACAAAAAGAGGAGACACUGAGAACAAUGACAUGAAAUGAACUGAAGUUAUUUUUUGCUCCGUUUCUGGAUAAUGUGCCACAUUUUGUUUUUCCUGCUGCAAAAACAGAAGUCUCAGUAUAUUUGUAUUUUCUUCUCAGACUAAAAAAAUCUUGUUGAAGUGAAGAAACUGAAGAACUCAAACUACAACCGUGAAUAAAAAACAAUAAACUUUUUCUCUUUUUGA